AUGGCGAUCGUCUUGCAGUAUCUUCACAACGAGACCAAGGACCACAAUAGUUACGCGAUGAGACUUCUGCCGGCCUUGUGUGACACUAGUGAGGAAAACCCCACUCAACCUCCCCGGGUCUCAGCAGGAGCGCCGGCUGCUCAAAGUCCAGAUGGAUGGGUUCUUGCAGGGUGUGAUAUCCAAGACACGAGAGGAUAUAUAGAGGGGCUAUUCCAAGAGAAUGCACUGCCGUGA